AUGCAAGCUUCGUCAGUAUUGAGAGGAACUCCAAAUUUAAUAAAUAGAGCUUAUCCUAAGGAUUAUUUCCUAACUAAUAAUAUUCAAAAUUCAUGGAUUGAAUGGAAAUUAAAACCAGGAUUCACAAUAAUUCCAACUGAAUAUAUUGUUAGAUCUGCACCGAUAUUUCCAAUAUAUGAUUGCUUCCUUCGAUCAUGGAAAAUUGAAGGAACCACAAAUAAAGGAGAAACGAAAACACUGCAUGAAGUAAAUAAUUCACCAAUAGAACCAGGAAAUAUAAAGAAAUUUGAUAUUAAAACCAAUGAUUUGUUUGUUUCAUUCAAAUUGAUUCAAACAGGAACAAACUGUUCCAAUAACUAUAAACUUAUGUGCGAUACAUUCGAUUUCUCUGGAUUGAUAUUACCAAAUGCCUGA